UUAUUACUAACAUGGCAAUAGCGGAUUGGUGUAUCUCUAUACCUAGCAUAUCGCUAUUGAAACUUUGAAAACAACAACUGCUCUAACUGUUUGCUGGCAUCUUACUCUUGAGAAAAAGUCACCGUUUAUAACUGUCAAAGAUCUACAACACCGUCUGUCAUUACAACCUCUGUCUUCGCCAUUGAUUCAGGUUGUGUUUCCCAGGGAUUGCUCUUGCAAAGAAUAUGCUGCUGGCUUCUAGAUCAUUGCGGUUGCAAUUGUUUCGAUUUGUAAUUAUAUUAGUUUUAGUCUUAAGCUAUGUGGAAAAUGGGAAUGCGGGUUUAACGAGCACUUUUAUUCGUACGCAAUGGCCAGCGGCAGAUAUCCCUCUUGACAAUGAAGUUUUUGCAAUUCCAAAAGGUUAUAAUGCUCCACAGCAAGUCCACAUCACUCAAGGUGAUUAUGAUGGGAAGGCUGUAAUUAUCUCUUGGGUUACGCCUGAUGAACCGGGUUCUAAUACCGUGAAAUAUGGCACUUCAGAGAAUAGUUAUGAUUUUAGUGCUGAGGGCACUGUUACUAACUACACCUUUUACAAAUAUAAGUCUGGCUACAUUCAUCACUGUCUUGUUGAUGGGCUUGAGUAUGAUUCCAAGUAUUACUACAAGAUCGGAGAAGGUGAUUCCUCUCGUGUGUUUUGGUUUCAAACACCUCCAGAGAUUGAUCCAGAUGCUUCCUACACAUUUGGAAUUAUUGGUGAUUUGGGUCAAACAUAUAAUUCUCUUUCCACUCUCGAGCAUUACAUGAAGAGUGGGGGACAGAGUGUUUUGUUUGCUGGUGAUCUCUCUUAUGCUGAUAGAUAUCAAUAUGAUAAUGUUGGUAUUAGAUGGGAUUCAUGGGGCCGUUUUGUCGAGCAAAGUGCUGCAUAUCAACCAUGGAUUUGGUCAGCUGGGAACCAUGAGAUAGAGUACAUGCCAGAAAUGGAGGAAGUCCUUCCAUUUAAAUCAUUUCUGCAUAGAUUUGCCACCCCUCAUACAGCCUCAAAAAGCACCAAUCCUCUUUGGUAUGCUAUACGCCGUGCAUCUGCUCACAUCAUUGUCCUCUCCAGCUAUUCUCCAUUUGUAAAAUAUACUCCUCAAUGGAUGUGGCUUAGAGAGGAAUUGAAAAGAGUCAACAGGGAGAAGACACCUUGGCUCAUUGUUGUCAUGCACGUGCCCAUCUACAACAGCAAUGCAGCCCACUAUAUGGAAGGUGAAAGCAUGCGUGCAGUCUUUGAAAGCUGGUUUGUUAGAUCCAAAGUCGACUUCAUUUUUGCUGGUCAUGUUCAUGCAUAUGAAAGAUCAUAUCGUAUCUCAAACAUACAUUAUAACAUGACAACUGGUGACCGUUAUCCUGUUCCUGACAAAUCAGCGCCCGUGUACCUAACUGUUGGGGAUGGGGGAAAUCAGGAAGGUCUUGUUGGAAGGUUCUUUGACCCACAACCAGAUUAUUCCGCAUUCAGAGAAGCUAGUUAUGGCCAUUCUACCUUGGAGAUUAGGAACAGAACACAUGCAUUCUACCAAUGGAACCGAAAUGAUGACGGAAAGCCAGAAACAACUGAUUCUGUGAUAUUCCAUAACCAAUACUGGGCAAGCAAUCUGCAUAGAAGGAGACAUCUCAAGGCUAGGGAACUGGCUAGUUACUGAAGAUUUUGGAUAGAAAGGUUUCAUAAAUUUAUGCACUUUCUGCAUGCUGCGGCAGAGCAGUAAUAUUUUGCAGUUUGCACCGCAAUAAUAUCAAGGUCGGGGGUGCUAGCAACCUGUGCUGUUCACAGAAAUAUUUGGGAUCACUACGUCCUCCAUUUAUAGUAAACGGCCAUUUGUUGAAUUUGCCAGCAUUUCAUAUUAAGGAAUUAGUUUGUCAAGUUUCAUUUCCUGAAAUAUUCCUUGGUUUCUUAGCUCAAUAAUGACACAUUGUUGGUCACUAUCGUUCUCGACUCCAUUGUAAAUCAUCAUAUAAUAAAGUGCUAUUUUCAUUGCUCA